CUUGAAAGUUUUUUUUUUUAAAUUUCAAGAGAAACGUGAAAAUGGCUGCGUCGGCUAAAAAACGUGAUAUUGAGAAUAAAUCUAAAGAAAAUGACGAUGUUACAAGCAGUGACGUGAGUAGUGAUGAAGAAAAUGUUGAUAAUAAUGACGAGAAGGGCAAUCAGAUAAUGGUAGACUUUGUUGGUCGGACACCAGACGACUCAGAUUACCAUGGAAUUAAAAUUUUGUUACAACAAUUAUUUUUAAAAGCUCAUGUAAAUGUCGGUGCUCUUGCUGAUUACAUUAUUUCGCAUAAUUAUGUUGGUUCUGUAGUGAAACAGGAAGCCGACGACGAUGACGAUGAUGACGAUAAUGAUACUAGUGACGUUGGUGACGUUUUUGGUGUCACCAGUGUCAUUAAUAUCUCUCAUGGACAAGUAAGCUCAUCAGAUACUAGUGAAGAAUGCAUCCAACAACUGCGUAGUUUACUGAAAGAACUGUCAAGUGAAUACGCAACGGAUUCAGUCAACGGAAUGAUAACCAACAUUCUAGAAAAUGACUCAUCCGCACUGGGGUUGAUAAUAAACGAAAGAUUUGUUAAUAUUCCAGCAGAUAUAUCGGUGCCACUUCUGGAGAAUCUCAUGUCGGACAUGAAGCGCGCGAAUGCUAAAAAAAUGGCGUACGAUUUCCAGUACUACGUGAUUAUUUCAAAGUUGUCAAAGCCAAAGACAGCUGGCAAGAGUAAGGGCAAGAAAAAAAAUACUGAAGACCCAGAGGAAUUGUGGAGUAACCAAGAGGAAGAGGUAUUUGACGAGGAAUCAAUGUGUAAAUUUGAGUUUUCCGUAGCUAAAGAGACAGAUACCGGGUUAUCUGGUGCAUGGAGUGAAGACGACGACGAGUUGAUCCCUUACAGGCGCGUCAUGAUAUUUGAGGCGUCAAAAUUACCGGGAAUUAUUGAAAAAAUUAAAAAAUUUAUUGCUCAUUAAAUUCGGUUACAAAUAAUCGCUUACACAUCAGCUUCUUUUAUAUAUUUAUAUAACAUAUAUGAAAUAUUUUGUUCAUUUAUACUUUCAAUGUACAUAUUUAUAAGUGCAACGCUGGUGUAAUUAUGUUAUUUAUUAUAUUUUUUUGAGUUUAUAAUUAUUGUGCGCCUUUGUCAUGGGAGCUGGCCAGCUCGGAAGAGUUAAUCGACUGUCUUACUGGCUUAGCUCGUCGUCUCAUUGUACCGAGGAUGUUCAACAUCUCAGAGACUGCUGCCGGAGCGCUUUCCAUCUCUCGCUUACGCUUUCUCUCUUCUUCUCGUUGUUUCUACACAUGUAAAAACAAAUAAAUCAUUUUUAUAAUUAAUC